AUGGGAGAGCUCAUGUCCAGAGACAAUGCCUUCAGUAACGCGGUCGGCCACAACGAGGCGGGUACCCCUUCUCUACAAGAGGGCGUUGAGGCGAUCAAACCUCUGUUUAUCGUUUCGGAGAACCACGCUGCGGCAUCGUCACCGCUCUACACACGCCUCCCUUCAAAAGACUACUUCCGCCUCCUCGAGAUCCUCCCUGGUACGGACGAUGCGAGGCUUCAAUGCCGUAUGCACGUCUGCUCCAUGUGCGACAACCGCGGCGCCUACGAGGCCCUCUCGUACACGUGGAUGACCGGGAGGGAGCCGUGGACGGGUGGGCGCAACCUCUACAUGGCUCUGCACCGACUUCGGCGCGAGGCUUCGAGACGGGUCGUGUGGGCCGACGCUCUCUGCAUCGACCAGAGCAACCCCCAGGAGCGAAGCCAACAGGUGGCCGGGAUGGGUGACAUUCUUCGAAAUGCGCACGACGUCCUUGUGUGGCUCGGAGAGGAUGAGGAUGCCAACCAAGUCUCUGACCCGGUCGCGAGGGCAUCUUCGAAGGCCUUCGCCGGAGUGUGCUCGGUGGUCUCGACAUGGGCGGCAACGGCGGCGGCAGCAAAACAUGCCUUGCGGGUGGGAAGGCCCCAGUACCGGAUUCAGAGUUGCGGAACACUCUCGGGAUCUGAUGGAGAGGGGCUCCUUGCUGCAGAUAGCCCAGUCUGGGCCAAGGUCCUGCAGCUGUACAACAAAAGAUGGUUCUCCCGUCUUUGGGUCGUCCAGGAGAUUGCCCUGGCGCGGCGGGCCACGGCAAUUUGGGGCGCAUGCGAAAUGCCGUGGGAGUGGAUUGGACUGGCUGCAGCUAUCAUCCGGACGAACUGGAACUGCAUCGUGCCCGGCUGGGUCGCCCAGGGCGCCCAUUCCGGCUACUUACCGACCUACCUACCCGACGAGUCAGUUCGCCUCGUCCCCGUAGGUAUGAUGAACGCGUACUUUAUGUACAGGAUCUCCCGUUUGCAAAACUACUUCAACACGCUCCGUUUCUCGUUCGGCGAGCUCCUUACCCUCACGAGGCAGUUCAAGUGUGAGGACAAGCGUGACAAGAUCUUUGGGCUUCUCGGCUUGCCCACGACGGAUCAUGUCAAUUCCUACAUUACGCCCGAUUACGGGCAGUCCCUUGCAGGCGUUUACCGCAGGGUGGCGGCCGCGAUAAUCUCUUCUACAAAAUGUCUAGCCUUCCUGUCCCAUGUCCACCAUACGGACUUGCACGAGGUGCGGCGCUUUUCCACCGUCGUUCCACCCGACUCAACCCUCCCAUCCUGGAUCCCACAAUGGCAUCACAUUGGCCCACAAGUCCUGGCGCCGCUGGAUGCACACCCAGAUUUUGCCGCUGGUCUGUCCAGGGCGGCUCAGUUCCGGGCCGCCGAACAGGAAGCAGUUGAUGCGGACCGACUCGGCGUCCACGGCGUCAUGCUCGAAGGCGUGAGCGCUACAAACGACGUGGGGCCCACCUCAGGGUCUCACACCUACAGAGGGGACGCCGACGUGGUGCUUGCCCGGCACGGCCACACAAGGCACAGCCUGCAGGGGCUGGCGAUGGCCUUGGCCGCAGGCAAGAGCUGGUACGGGCUGCCCAAGGACCGAGGCGGCAUGCUGGCUGACUUUGCCCACUGCCUUGUCGCUGGCCGGCUCUGGUGGGCGCUUGAACUGGAUGCGUUUGGGGUCGGUGUGCCCGAAGAAGGGCAGGAUGAGGUUGGGAGGACAAGCGACUCUCAGAACCAGACGGGCCUGAACGACGACGGCACUGGCGCGUCGUCCGGCCAUGGCAUUGUUACUCUGCAGGAUCUGAAAGAUAUCUCCAGGGGCGGGAACGGGAACCUGUUCUUGGAUGCAGUUGCCACGGCUUGUGUCGGGAGGCGGCUAUUCAGGACCGCGUCGAAUAUGCGAGGAGUUGGUCCCAUCGAUACGCAGCCCGGAGACAAGGUGUGCGUCAUCUAUGGCACCCCUGUGCCGUUCAUCAUUCGGCGAUGCGAUGAGAAACAGGGCUACACGCUUGUGGGCGAGUGUUAUAUUGAUGAUAUAAUGCAUGGGGAGGCUGUCGACGACCCGGGAUAUGAGGAAACCUGGAUCGAUCUCGUCUCUAGUAUUAGUUGA